AUGUUGCCUGUUAUAAAUACCCAACUUUUGGGGGAUGCGAAUGGCAUUAAUACCCCAAUAGCGUCUAACUCCAAGCUGCAUUACUACGAAGACAACGAAGACAACGAAGACAACGGAGGCAACGGAGGCAACGGAGGCAACGGAGACAACGAAAUGACGGAGAAUAGCGAUAUAGAGAAUGUCGCAGGCCAGCUCAGGGAGGUUCGCGAGUUUAGACAGGGUCUCCAUCAGCGACACAUCCAGAUGAUUGCUCUCGCUGGUACGGUGGGGACGGGUAUUUUUCUCAGUUCGGGCCGUGCCAUUGUGGAAGCUGGACCAUUGGGUGCGUUCUUGGCAUAUUCAAUAAUCGGUGCUACAGUUUCCAGUGUCGUCUUCGCAGUUGGCGAGAUGGGAGCUCUGGUACCCCUCAACGGUGGUGUUAUUCGACACGCUGAGAUCUUCUGUGACCCCGCGCUAGCGUUCGCCAACGGGUGGAACCAGGUGUAUUCCUACGCUGUGUCGAUCCCAUCGGAGAUUGUUGCUGCCGCUGUAAUCAUUGAAUUCUGGAUCACUGUCAACAACGCGAUAUGGAUCACUGUGCUUGGAUUGCUCAUGCUUUCGACCGCGUUUGUCUUUGUUCGCGUGUACGGAGAGCUCGAGUUUGGUCUUUCUAUCCUCAAGAUCAUGCUCAUAAUAGGCAUAAAUAUCAUGGCUCUGGUGAUUACCUGCGGCGGAGCCCCGAAUAAACAGUCCAUCGGAUUUACCUACUGGAAAGCCCCGUAUGGCCCGUUCGUUCAGUACUUGGGAGUGAAAGGGCCCCUUGGCCGGUUUUUAGGGUUCUGGCAAACGUUCGACAACGCUCUCUUCGCGUACUCCGGUAUCGAGAACUUUACUCUCGCUGCAGCGGAGACCCGAGGCCCUCGCCACGCUAUCCCCAUGGCUGCCAGACGGAUCUUCAUCCGCAUCUUGCUCUUCUAUGUGGUAACAAUCUUCAUGGUCGGUUUGAUUGUUUCGUCUGCCGAUCCAAAUCUUCUGGGCUCGUCGGGAACAGCAUCACAGUCCCCUUUCGUUAUUGCAGCCCGCCAUGCUGGUAUCAAAGUGGUUCCCUCAAUCAUCAACGCAGUUGUUCUCACCUCAGCAUGGUCUUCCGGGAACAGCAAUAUCUUGGGAGGUUCCAGAAUCCUGUACGGGAUGGCAACUCAGGGUCUCGCCCCUGCUGUAUUCAAACGUAUCAACCGCUUCGGUAUCCCUUGGGUGGCUGUCGCGCUCUAUGGCGUUUUCAUGUCACUUGGAUACAUGAGUCUUUCCGAUUCAGCCAGCACAGUAUUCACAUGGCUACAAAAUCUGGUCUCGAUCUCGACUCUAGUGAAUUUGAUAUGCAUCUGCAUUGUCUAUCUUAGGUUCUUCUACGGAUGCAAGAAGCAGGGGAUCGAUCGCCACAAGGAGCUUCCAUGGGCAGCACCUUUCCAGCCAUACAUUACUUGGGCGUCGUUGGUCCUGUACGUUAUUCUAUUCUUCACUGGAGGCUUUACGACAUUUAUGCGCGGUCACUGGAACACCGCAACCUUUGUUUCGACUUAUUUCAAUCUGCCGUUCAUCGUGAUCGUGUAUUUUGCCUACAAAUUCUGGGCGAAAACAAAGGUCAUCCCGCUGGCUGCAAUUCCCAUUCGGCCUUUCAUCGAAAGCUGGCACAAGAACCCCGAGCCGGAGCCAAAGCCGAAGCGUGGCCUCGCGAAACUCAAUAUUUUGUGGUCAUGA